AUGAGCGGCAGCAGCGGCAGCGAUGGAGAAGGCGCCAUCGACGGUGUCAGCGUGGUCGAUACGGCGGGUGGUGAGCGCCGAGCGCUCAACAACGAGCGAAGAGCCAUCGCCGCCGAACGGCGCGGCAUGAGGCGGGAGCGGGAGGCCAUGCAGAGGGAGCGUGAGGCCAUGCAGCGGGAGCGGGAGGCCAUCGUCCGCGAGCGCGAGCGGUUCGACCUCGGGUGGAGCAUGCUGGACCGGAGCAAGGCCGUCGUGGCCCAGGAGCUGCGCGCGGCCGGCGACGAGCGACAGGCCUGGCAGCGCAAGCGUGAGUGCCUCAAGCGCCGGAAGGCCGACAUGCGCGCGUCCCUCGACGACCUCAAGCGACGCGAGGCCGACCUGAACGAGCGUGAAGCGCUGACGUCAGCACACCACCGGCCGACCUCAGCGCUCCCGACCGUCAGCAGCAGCGGCGGUGACGGCCAAGCAAAGUCUGAGUCGGCGCAGCAGUACCAGCAGGUGGUCGAGGUGGCGCGGUUGCGGGUGGAGCUGGAGAUGCAGCGCGAGCGGAUCGAGAGCAUACGUCAGGCGUGGGAGCAGUCGCUGGCCGAGGCGGAGAAGACCCGGGCCGAGAUCGAGCACCGGCGGGACGAGUGGGAGACGGAACGCGAGCGGCAGGCGCAGGAGCGGCGCGAGCUCGAACAGGAGCGGCAGCAGAUCGCCAGCAUGGUGAUCUCGUGUCGGCCUCACGGCGGCUUGCCGCACCUGCGCGACCUGCCGGGGAUCGGGAACUCGCCGGUGGCGGCGGCCGCUGCUGCUACCGCCACGGACACCAAGACGCCGCUGUCGCCGAUCGUGGCCCUGGCUAGCGUGAUGGGCGGCCCGCAGGGCCUGCACACCACCAGUCGCUCCGUCGACAGCUCCGCCGAGCCUCGGCACCACAUCAUCAGCGACUCGCCGCCGCGACCGCUCGAGCCAAUCUUCCGACACUACGCCCACCAGCAUCAGCAUUGGCAGCCACCACGCCAGUAUGAGGCCGUCAACGGUGCUCUCCAUUCGCAGAAUCCGUCAUCGGUGCAACACACGCAGCACACGGAGCGGGUGCACAGUACCGCGCCCGACAUCGAACCGCAGAGCGAAGACUGCGCCGGCAUCGCGGCCACGGAGACGAAGGGGUCUUCGUUGUCAUCGUCGAUGAAGAAUGGCGGCGUGCGGUCCAGUCCCGAGUGGCUGAGUUCGUCAGACGAGGACGAGGGCGGCGGCGAGGCGAGCAGCCAGCCGAGGAAGAAGCGUCAGCGACGGGACGUGCCCUCGUCCGACCUGUACGGACCCAGCAAUAUUCGAACGCGGAAGACGUGGGAGGAGCGUUUCGAAGAUCUCAAGCGCUACAAGAAGCAGAACGGCCACCUCUGCAUUCCCUACACAGAAAAGGGUAGCUUGAAGCAGCUGUACGAGUGGAUGUGCUCUCAGCGCAAGAACCACCGCAACCACGCCUUGAAGAAGGAGCGGUUCGAGAAACUCGAUGCGCUGGGCUUCCCGUGGAUGGUCAAGCGAGACGCGGCACCCAGGGUCCAGGCGGAAACCAAGCAGCAGCUUUCGUCGGGGUUCUCGGUCCACAAGGGUCCCUUCCAGCUGCCCUCCCUCGCGACGGCCCUGCAGGAGGCGCUCGAUCAGUGCUCUCCGCCCUCCAGCGGCGGCGACUCUUACCCCAACUGGACCAAUGAAUAG